AUGGUUUCCGUUCGUUCUUUCGUCUUGGCCUUCUCAGCUAUCGCCCCGUGCCUUGCUGCCCCUGCCAUCGGGCCGGUUGAGCUGUUGCCUCCUCAUGUGGAGCGCCGCGGCCCAUCCGACUUCUUCUUAGGACCUGACCACCCUCUCAUGCUCGCACGCCGCAAUGAAUCCCUUGAGAGACGUGGCAUGACCCUGGAGGAGCGCACCAACUACGUUCAGAACUACCAGACCGGCGGCACCGUCAACUUUACUCCCUCGGGCAAUAGCUUCACCCUCAACUUUGACACCACCGACGACUUCGUUGUUGGCGUUGGCUGGAAUCCCGGUUCCACUGCCCCUAUCACCCACUCGGGCUCAUUCGCCGUCACCAAGGGACUUGCCACCCUUUCCGUCUACGGCUGGACUACCAACCCCCUUGUCGAAUACUACGUCAUUGAGGACUCUGCCGGCUUCUCGCAGACCGGAACGCAGAAGGGCACCGUGAGCAGCGACGGUGGCUCAUACACCAUUUGGGAGAACGUCCGCACCAACGCCCCUUCUAUUCAAGGCACCCAGACCUUCAAUCAGUACAUCUCGGUCCGCAACGGCGGCCUCUCCAGCGGCACCGUCUCUAUUGCCAACCACUUCAAUGCCUGGAAGAGCCACGGCAUGAACCUUGGCACGCUGAAUUUCCAGGUCAUCGCCGUUGAGACUUGGAACGGUGCUGGUUCGGCCAAGCAAACCGUCACCAACUAG